GGCGGUCCGGAGUGGAGGGUUCUAGAAGGCGUGAGGUUGGGGGAUCGAAGAGAGCUCAGAGGCGGUUUCUCGUGGGUAGCGGUGGUGGCGGCUACUGCGGCGUCUGGGAACACGAACGACUGGGGUCGCGGACGCAACCUCAUCUGGAAAGCCAUGGCAGCCCUCGGCCGGCCCUUUAGCGGCCUCCCUCUGAGCGGCAGCGCGGACUUCCUGCAGCCGCCGCCGGCCUUCGCGGGCCGGGCCUUCCCGCCAGGAGCCGCCGGCCAUGACCUGGCCCCGCGGCCGGGUGUCCGCGGCGCACCAAGCAGCCCGGUCGGGAGAACAGCGCGCGGACGUGUUUCCAUUCACUGUAGAAAGAAACACAAGCGAUUGGCGGAGGAUGAUGAAUGUCCAGUAAGAAAGAAACGACUGGUUGAAGCUGAACUUGGUGCAGUUGCUGAUGAAUGGGUUCUGGGCGCACAGCAGGGUCAUGGGGUCAACACGUGUCCCAGUGGCCUUUCUGUGCCCAGCAUGCUAGAUGCUGUUUGUGAAGAAAUGGAUCAGACAACUGGAGAACCACAGUUUGAAGUUGCCCGAAGGAGGCUUCAAGAGAUUGAGGACAGGAUAAUUGACGAAGAUGAAGAGGUUGAAAGUGACAGAAAUGUUAGCCACCUCCCAAGUCUUGUCCUUUCUGACACCAUGAAAACGGGUUUGAAGAGGGAAUUUGAUGAAGUCUUCACAAAGAAGAUGAUUGAGUCUAUGAGCCGUCCUUCUAUGGAGCUUGUGCUCUGGAAACCUCUCCCUGAACUCCUUUCUGAGAAGCCAAAGCCAUCAUCUAACCCUAAGAACUACAUGGGAGAGAGCCGAACAAAGCACACAGCUACGGGCCCUGCCUUCCCACGGAGAACUGAACUGUUCCUAGAACCUCAGUGCACAGACACGCCGCUUUCCCAGAGUCUGCAGACAGCUGCUAACACAGAGGAAGAGAUGGAGCUCUAGGCACCAGUUUCUGCUCCAACUUGACAAGUGGUAGAAGGCUCCUGUGUUCAGUAUGAGCCUGCCUGCACACUAUAGGGGCCUGAAAGUUUUAUGAAACGGGUGUAAUAUCUCCUCUGCCUGUGACUUGGGUGGGACUGUCAUUGUGGGUAGCCAUUUAUUGAAUUCAACUUCUUGCCAAGGAAGCUUAUCUCAAGGGAAAUGCAGUUUUUUAGUAGGCUUAUCCAAGAAAUGUUACAGUCUCUUUAAAGACAGCUAUAGAUGCUGGAUGUGUUAUGGUGACUUAAGUCAUCUGUCACAUUGUUGAAGCCAUUCAUUCUUGAAAUGAUUAUAUACAGGAAUGCUCCUAAUUGCCACUGCACCAAUUGCUGAGUCAUGUAUUGAGCUACUUGUAGUGGUCACUGUACACUUGGGGCUAGGGGCUGGUGGGGGGGGGGGGGAUAGCACGGAUUGAACAAGCAAAGAAACUUGUGUUGGUGUCAGGUUGGUGUUGCCGGAUCACUCAAGCAGUAGCCCUUGGUCUCCUUUCAUGACUGAUAAGCUCAGUUAGUCAGUAAUGUUUACACCUCAAUUAACUUCAGUGAUUGAUUUAAAGAGUGUGAGGUAAAUUGCCUGUGAGAGAAGUGUCUUUCGUGAAUCCUAAGGACAUGCUGUGUCAGCUAAACCUACCAUUGAUUGCUUCUAGAGUUUAAAAAGGGAAGGUUGUGCCUGUAUUAGCAAGUUGAGUGUUUUAAUGUUGGUUCUGAAAGCAGUGAAUUAGCUGAAAGGAAAUGGACAAGUGUCUUGGAGAUUUACUGAAAUAGCUGAUUGUCUGGUGCUUAAGCUGUUGUGCAGUAAGCCUAACCAUUAGCAAAAGAUGGCCUCCUCCCAGCAGGAAAUCUUCACCCUUUAGUACCUGAACCAGGCUCAAGGUGUUCUUUGGGAAUAACCAGGGUUAAAGUUUUUAAUUUCUCAGGAAGAGCUCUUCAGCAUGGCAGGACGUGUACUGAAGGCCUGGCAGGUCCUUCAGCACUGUAGAGCAGGAACAUGUCUGGUGAGUGUGGUGGCUCUUUCUACAGCAGAACACCUCGGUUCAGUUUUCAGUUUCUGGGUCUCUUCUCCCUUUAUAUAGGGGAAAACAAGAGGUUUAUGCUGAGUAGAGGUAAAUUUUCAGAAACUUAGGUUCCUGGCAUUUUGCAACCCAUGCUGAAAUCCCUCCUGUGGAUGGCAUAGGAGUCACACGUCUCCUAUGUUCAUUGGACUGUUUUCUUCUCUUGCCUGUUGUUCCUGCUCUCUCUUUCUGUCUGGAUGUCAGGAAAAGGUUUAAUGUUUAAUAUUUAAACAAAAUAUUUAUGUCUACACAAUAAAGUUACUCAACCUUCAAACCAGUAUUGAAACCAGCUACUUGUUUCUUCAUCUCAGACUCAGAGGUGAAUGAAAACUGUCUUCUGUUGAAAUGUGUUUGACUCGUGUCAUUUGACAAACUCCUGGCUAAUUCAAUGGGACCAACUUGUGAAGUUUAUAGCCUUAAAGAAAUCUCUGUGCUAGAACAGUUUAGAAAUGUGCAGGGACUGCCAAGAGUCUGGAGUUAGCCCAGUGUUAGGGUAGGAAGGAAGUGGCAGCUUUCCAAAGGGCCUGAAACACCAGGACUGCCUCUGUGAAAGGCCUGAAGUGGCUUUGAUGCAGUUGGUGACCACUUGAGAGCAGAGAUGUCUUAACUCGUCAGGCAGGCGUCCUUACCUGACAUGACAUGUUUCAGCAGGAACGUGGAUGUUCCGUGCUCCUUUUUGGACUUUAUCUUCUUGAACAUGUUUGUACAAAAAUCAUCUUCAUCCUUGUGGUGCUUACACCCAACCGUCCACAGCCCUGAAGCCUCUGCAUUCUGUUUUCUUUCUAGUAUAAGACUUUGGCUUUUGCCUUAAGGUUUUCCUAAAGAAUUAACAGGUUUUUCAUCUUGUAUAGUUUUUACAGUGUGAAUCAAACAUGGACUCAGUGUGCUAAUGUGAAGGUCAACCGUUACCUAAAGCAGGUGAGCUCUGAGGAACAAAUGCGUGUUUUCAAUGAGUUGGGUGUGGGUGUGCGUGGGUUUUUUGGUUCUUGGCUUGGGUUUUUGUUGUUCUUAGUAUGAAGAAAUAUGAGAAUCCAGUUCUCAUGAUAAAAAAAUCAGUUAAAAAUUGCUCGUUUUUAAAAAGAUAAAACUAAGAUUUAGAAACAAGACAGGUCUUAGAACUGAGGGGAGACUCUUAGCCAGCAGGUUCGUUCACCGCUCUGGAUCUGGAGCCUGGCUUUGUUUAUAGACAAGAAUGCUGCAGUACUAGCCACGUUCUGGAAGAUGUGUCAGAUUUGCUUUAAAGAUGAGAACCUGGUGUUUGUGUAUUAUUUUCAAUAAAACUCAAUGUUUUGAACUUUUAAAGUA